GAUGGCGCUGUCCCUCUUCAACAUCCUGAAGUGUGUCAGUCCAGUCUCCGGGGGGACAGCACAUGUUCCCCUGCCUCUCAUGUUUCCCCUCACUCUGCGCUGCGCUGUUCAAACCUGCGAGAGGGAAAACAGACCGUCCCAGUCUGCGCUUCUCUCUCUCUCUCUCUCUCUCUCUCUGUGUCUCUCUCUCCCUCUCUCUCUCUCUCUCUCUCUCUCUCUCUGUGUCUCUCUCUCACUCCACCAGCAGUCUGAUCACUGUCUGCCGCUCCGCACUAAGUCCUGGAAAAUAUCUUGCGGAGCCACGUUGUUUCAUUAUAUAACCAGCGAGACGCCGAACUGCUGCAGAGUCCCGGAGAUGUCCUGCGUGCAGAACAUGAGCACCUCACCCCCCCUCAGAGCCUUGUAACCAAUGGCAACCUCAGUCCAGACUCUUCCUCUGACCCGAGGCCCUAACAAAACCUUCCGUAACCCUUUCCCAGCCCAGCCCAUCGCUUCCCGCUGCGGCAUGGGAAGCGUAGGCAGUCUGGUGGAGAGGCCUGACGUGUCUCCGACUAAAGGCAGCCGUGCGGUGCCCCAGGUGAGGCCCAAACAGACCAACGGCCUCCUGAAGAAAGGCUUUACCCAAAGAGAGCUUCUCAACUACCUCAACAUCACCAGAAAAGAGCCUAAAGCGAACCCAAGCGGCGACGGCAAAAAGGACAUCAUCUCUGGCCUGAGCUCUGCACGAGAGGAGGACAACCUGUACGCCAAGGUCUACCAUAAAGACGGCACCGAAGUAGACUUGACAAAAAACUCACUGCCAAGUGGGGCCAAGUAUGAAAAGGCUCGUUUCAGGUCUUCCGCCUUCAAGCCUGUCACGCCCAAAAAUUUCAGCUCCAUGCAAAACCUCUAUCCGUCUUCCAAGUCGGAGGACGUGGACCACGGCCUCUCCAACGGGCUGCGCAGAGCCUACGCCCACGUCCCGAAAGCUGUCUCCACCUCUUCCUCCUCGUCCUCGCCCUCCCGUCAUGGAGGACCGACGACAUCCAGUGGCAACAAGGCCGUCUCCACGGUGCGUGGGAUGAGCCAGGAGGAUGAUAACCUGUCAGACUCGGGCCAUAACUCCAUGAGCAGCCUGCCGCCGUACCGGCCCCCCUUCCGCCCACACCUGGCUCACAUCAGUGCAUCUAUGGGCCACAUCAACACCAUCGGCUCCCUGGACCGCACCUCGCUGAGCCCGAAGGCUGUCGGGUCGGGGGGCGUGGCCAUCGGGGAGAUGGCGUGUCGGAGCAUGGCGACCCUGAGCCGCCUGGCUCCAUAUGGAGGGGAGGCUCCACCUCCUUAUGAAUGGACGCUCUCUCUGUCUGUGGAGGAAGUGGUCCGGGAUCUGGAGGAGCGCCUGGUGGAGAAAGAACAUGAGCUGAAGCAGAUGAAACGAAACCUGGAUGAGAGCGAGGGCGCCAUCGCUCAGGUGUUUGAAGGGAAACAGCGACUGUGGGAGAAGGAGGUGGAGGAGCUGAAACGACUGUACGCCGCCAAGCUGCGUCAGGUUUCCCAGCAUGCCCAGCGUUCUCAGCGCAACCUGCAGUUGCAGCUGUUCAGGGCCCAGCAGGAGAAGAGCCGGCUGCAAGAAGAGCUCGAGAGCCUGCAGAGAGAGAGGAGCCAGGAGGCCGGAGCCAUAGUAAAGCGAACCAGUCCGACUCUGGAGGAGACGCAGUGGGAGGUGUGCCAGAAGUCGGGGGAGAUCUCGCUGUUGAAGCAGCAGCUGAGGGACUCCCAGGCGGAGGUGACCCAGAAGCUGAGCGAGCUCUUCCAGCUGAAGACGCAGCUCAGGGAGACCCGCACAGAGCUGCGCAACAAAGAGGGCCAGAUAGAUGCGCUGAAGCUCGUCCUGCAGGGGACGCAGCGCCGCCAGGGCCCCUCUCAGGCUGCACACGAGGAUGGAAAAGGAGCCGAAGAGAGUCCCGCAGCUGGGGCAACAGGAGGGUGCGGGGGCUCCACAGAGGAGCGUCUGCGUGCAGAGCUCCUGCUGGAGCGACGCCAGAGCGAGGCCCAGGCCAUGGCUUUUGAGGAAGAGAGGCGGACAUGGCAGACAGAAAAGGACAAGGUCAUCCGCUACCAGAAGGAGCUGCAGGCCAGCUACUUAGACAUGUAUCACCACAAUGAAGCGCUGGAGAGGGAACUGCACCAGCUGAGGGCAGGCAGAGAGCGAGGAGGAGGAGGAGGAGGUGCAGGAGGAGGAGGAGGAAGCAGAAAUGGGUCACUGGAAAGAGAAGUGCCAGAGCUGAGGAGUGAGAGUGAAAAACAAGAGGACAGACCUUCCUCAGGUUUGCCGUGGAUAGAGAGAAUUGAAUCUUCUGAAAUUUGAAUGUUACUCAUUUGCAAUGCAAACUGUGUUCACCCUGUAGUUUGGUUUCUAUGGAAGCUCACAUCUGCAAGGAAAAGAAGGAAAAAAAAUAAACUAAGUAAGUUCAAAUAAUGAGCUAUGAGAUAAGUAAAACGUUGACCUUACUGAGACAAAUAAAAAAAAAACCUGUGACCUAAAUUAGAAUUACAGGUCCUGUUUGUAAGAAGCCAAUUUUCGAGUCUCAUUACCAACUUGUCAAAGUGCUUGACGCUUUAGGAUGGCGACCGACUCGACCUACAAUCCCAAAGCAUCCGUAUGUGACGAGUUGGGAAUGAGACUUAAAAAUCAACUUCAGCUAUUAUUAUUAUUAAUCAUUUAAUUAAUCUUAAUUUAAGUUAAUAAGUGCCAACUUUCAUAAACAAGGUGAUUCGAUACAAAGGCAAACUUUUGACUGAAUAUUUUAAAUAUGAUCAGAUAUUUGUUGAUUUAAUGUCUCAUAUAAACAUAAUUUUGACUUUGAUGCAUAUCUUUUUGUAUCAUGCAUAACUUUUCACAUAAUUUUCAUCUUUUCCUGGCGAUAAUGGGCUUCCAUAGGUUGCUGCCUAUAUGCCAUUCUCUGGCUGUGAGCCCGUGUUGAUUGUUUAAUGACUUUAUCCUGCAAAGACUGGACCUGUGACUGAGGGCGGAUGCACAGAAAGUACUCAUCUCACCUCCGCCACAAAACAAAUACAGCCGAGCACCUAGACUGUCCCGUUGAAGACUUGUGUUUCAAUUAUGAACCUGUAAAUGAGCAAAUUGAUAUGCUGACUGUUUCGUGUUUAUUUGUUACCUUUUGGUUUGGACUGCUGUAGAGUCUUGACGUUAACCAAAGGAUUCAAAGGGAUUUAGUGCGGCCCAGGGACAUCGGAGCACCUGUUCAUUCAGGGUCCGCCUGAACUCUCUGGGUUAAGUAUCGAGGAUUAAAGCUAUCUGGUGCCAAGGUACUAAUGCUAUUUCUUUACUAUAAAGGAAACUGUGUACGCUAAUAAAGUGUCUUUCUCGCUCAGUUUCCAGCUCCUGUCAGGUGAGAUAAAAAGAUUUUGUACAUAUUGUAAUUUUGGUUCGAUUGGCCUUUUCGUCAUUGUAUUCGAAGCACACUGUUGUCUUAAACCAGCAUGCUUCCACAUCUUUUGAUUGCAGUGAAAGCGAUCGACAGAUUGCGAUGCUGAACAUGUUGUUGGUGCGAUUUGUUGCACACACUCAGCCAAAAACAUCAAGCGCAUGACGUAACUGAAGUUGUCCUCUUGUAUUGUUUACUAUCAAUAUACAGACAUUCAAAAGCCAGCUCUCCAAUCGACCUUUCGACAUACUGUGACUCUUGUCUAUUUACUGGAAUUAAAAACUGUACAGUUUAAACAUAUGUUUGUUUUGGAUUAAUAAUAAACAUUUAUGAAGUGGUGUGAAAGCUGAUUUUUGGUUUGUGCUCGCUCCACUGGGACUUUCUGCUGUCAGUCAAGGCUGCAGAAUGAUUUACAAGAGGCUUUUCAGUCUACCUUUGUCUGAAUUAAACUAACCAGAAAUCACUUGUGAGAAAAAAAAAAACAAAAAAAAAACGUUCAAGUAACUGAUGGCAUUCACCCGAGGGCUCAGACGCCUGCCUGCCCUGAGCUGGCUUAAAAUCAGCGCUGAGCGUGCCAAUAAAACCCAAGGACAGGAGCUUUAUGGCAGAACGAGCAGAGCGGUGGAGGCUUUUGGGACUAAUGUGGCUUUUAGAGGUUUAGCCUUCAAUCCUUAUCUCACCCUCUCUCUAAGGCCUUCCCCAGCUCUACCUCCCAGCCAGCCCUACACACCAUGCCCUGCAGUACAGACCGGGUGGGGGGGGGGAGAUGGGAGGUCAAACUGAGCUGGAAACAUAGGAGGAUCCCUGUUUGCUCAGGAAAACAAGCACUUCUAUGGAAAGCCUCAAGUGCACAUACCGGGACAAAGUGCCAAAAAGAUCUUGGCAGAGAAGACAACUUUUUUCUAAGCAGAGUGUUAUGCUUAUAGGAGAGAAUGUACAGUUUGUAAAAUGGCGUGAUAGAGAGACAGAACAUGGAUGUCCAUACUGUAGAUUUACUUUUCAUAUUUCUUAUGUGUAAUCUAAAUAGUUAUGAGCAGCGGCUGACUCACAAAGCCCUUACUUUGGCAUUUAAAACAUUAUAUAAACUGGGGCUUAAUAUAACUGCACUGCUCCGGAGUGGCACUGAAGUGGGAUGAGAAAAGAUUCUUACCUCACACGUGUUUUCACUCCGUAGGAGGAUGCAGAGCCGAAUGCCGUCAGUGCUGUUUAUCCCGUGACCUGACAUGAUUAUUUAACAUUAGUGUAGAAUUCAUGUGCGAAAACUGAAAACUUAGCUUGUCAUCUAAUAGACUUCAGGGAUACUUUGUCAGAGAGGAUAACGCAGCAAUAGCUCCACCAAGUGGUGAUGAAAGGAGGCCCGAGCGGGUCCAACACCAUGAAGGGAAACAGGGUCAGUUAAUCAGGACAGGAGCAGUCCACCACCACCAAAUGCCAGUCCACGCCUCCAAUGCUGACUUGGAGUAUAAAUUUUUAUUUUUAAUUUUUCAGAUGCAAGUAUAUGAAACAUGUUAGAGGAUAAAUAUUUACAAUAAAACUUGCACACACACAAAAAGCAGGAAAUGCAAAACAUUCAACAAAAUUAACAAUGACAGAGGGUACGGAGCACUAGCGGUCUAUCUGAAGGGAACAUUCGAAGAAGCGAUGAAUGAUUGUCAACCAAAGAAACCAAAAAAAAAAAAAAAA